AUGAAAGAGGAUCUAGUGAAAUUUGGUGUGACUUCUACCGACCUGGAUCAAGCCACGAGCGUCCACAAGCAACCCAUUUUAAACGAAGGAAUUGCCAGGGGUUGCCGGAUCCUUUCCAUUUUCCAGAACAGGGCGAUGAUCGAUCGUGGAAUUGAGUUGUUUUUCAAGUCGAUUGAAUGUAUUCAUAUCCAUUGCGGCGAGCUAAUUGUUAGGCACUGGCUUUCGCAACUAUGGCUUGUCCAUGGCGAGACAUUGUCGAGUCAGGACGCCUCACGCAUACGGCAGCUAUCUCAGUUACUGUGUGAUAAUACGGCGACGCCGCUGGUGUUUAAUGCCAAUACCACGGCAAUACAAUGGGCUUACUCUGCCACCGGAAAGCAAAUACGCUGGGGUGUAAUCGCUAUGAUUGCUAAUUACGUGGGGACUUAUGCGUUGAUAACGCCACCAUCGGAUCCAUUUUUCCAGGACUUCAACCUGGAGCGCAAAUCAUUGUUAGACCACAUGAAUGAGGUUGUAGACGCAUGCCUCGACUUUUGCCGACAAUCCGACGCUUUAGAUGACACCUUCAUCUGUGCCUUGUUUGAACACUACAACAUUACCAGAUAUACCAAGGGAGAAACGUGCUAUAAAACGUACUGUCUUGGUGCUGAGCUCAAUAGUGCAUUCAUUGCUAUGGGUCUUCAUCAGAAUAUCAACUCCGAUAGCCGCAUUCCUUUUUUUCUGACUGAGCUACGCAAACGACUUCGAGCUAUGGUUUACAUGGCAGAAAUCGGCAUAGCCACGUUCCUAGGCCGUCCACCCCGACUAUCGCAUCGUUACAUCGACUUGGAUCCACCUCUAGAUUUAACAGACUCUCAGCUGUUUUCUGAAGAUCCACAGGAACUAGCUAUUGCCAUUACGGAGCUGGAUGAGCAAGGCUAUAACCGAAAUGGAGAGAUCCGCGAUGUCUCUUGGAUAAGAUCUUCCAUAAACUUCACGGUAAGGAGAGAGGAGAUCCUUGAGCUAUCCUUGGGCAACUGCACUCCAGAUGAAGUACAGCAUACCGCCGACGCUAUUCAAAGAAAAACCGAGGAACACUGGGCAAAUCUCCCAGCCAUGUUGUUGAGCCUAAGGGCAAGCACAUUCGAGUUUGAAGCACAAACGGUCUUUGACCUACACAUUCGGCAUGUCUUUCGCCAAGGCCCGCAGGCGAACUCACUGCUACUGCACCGUGUACUCAUGCACAAAGCUGGUACUGGCCCGGCAGGAUUGAUACAUACGGCACAAACAAUCCUGAGUGAUGUGAUGCGACUAUAUAAACGUGCUGAGAUGGCGGCAGCAACAUCUUUCAUAUAUUUCCUGGCAGUACAUGGACUGCGUAGCGCGAUUUUACUAGCAUCCGAACUCCUAGAGCAGGAACGGCUGCCGUUGUACCCAAAUGAUCCGCUUCUGCCUCGGAGCAAGACAAUCCAAGACUUAGCUGUCUUCGCUGAGAAGCUUAAUGACUUGGAUCCAAUGUUUGGCGACAAAGAUCUCUGUGAGAAGGGCCGGAAAGUGCUGCAACGGGUGCUUGACAAAAUAUUGAGUCCUCGGAAUACCGCAGAUCGACAUUGGCAAUUCUCUCCAAUGCAACAGAGCAGCAUUGUGCAGAAGCAUCUACCAACGAUGCAUUUCCAAGCACGAGUGUACCAGAUAGUUUUUUCAUGA